AUGGAUGUGGAGGGCAACAAGCAGAAGUAUCGAGGGAAACUCUACAUCCUGAACGAUGCCGCCGCCUGGCAAGAGGCCGGGACCGGUCAUGCGUCCGUCGUGGGAACCGGGCAGCAGCGCCGACUGCAGUUCAAAGAUGAGGAUAGUGGGCAGGUGCUCCAUGACCGGCCGGUCUUUGCGCAGGAUGUCUACCAGCUGCAGGGCGAAGGCGCUCAGAAGACCAUCAUCGUCUGGGAGGAUGAGGAGGACCAGAAAGACUGGGCUCUGAGCUUCCAGGACGAGGUCGGCUCACAGGAGAUAUACAAGCUCAUUUGCCACGAGCCUAGUGAGCAGAAGCGGAUGCUUCCUCCGCCGAAGCUUCCCAACCUCCAGGAGCUGGCAAGAAAACUGCAGUACGUCGCUCCAGGCCAGCGAGAAGGACUUGCUGCCGAACUUGUCAGUGAGGAGUUCGUGCAGGAACUCCGGGAGUCCUUCCACAGUGCGGAGGACCUCCAGAGCCUCAAAGACCUGUCCUUCAUCUUCCAGAUAGUGAAAGGCGUCUUCCUGUUUGCCACCCAUAGCCUCACGGAGCGGUACCUGGCGGAGGACGUCUACGAGGAUGUUCUUGGCAUGCUCGAGUUUGACGAGUCCCUGCCCAUAGAGAAGCGGAUGCCGCACCGGCAGGUGAUCAAGGAGAGGGUCAAGUACAACGAAGUUGUUAGCUUCGAGGAUGAAGAGACGGUGAGACGGAUUCACCUGAACUACCGACUGCUGUAUCUCAAGGACAUCGUUCUUCCACGACAGCUUGAUGACGCAGCUUUCGCUUCCUUGCAGCAACUGAUCCACACAAACCUGACGGUCAUCCUCGAGCACCUGCAGAAGGGCCCGGAACUCCUAGAGCGACUUCUGAAGAAGGUGGGCGAGGAGGAUAUGCAGAGCCUCCUGUUUCUGCAGGAUGCCUGCCGCUUAUCCAGGCAGAUCCCUCCUACUAAACGGCAGGAGCUGUACAACAAGAUGGCAUCUGCGGGUCUUUUCGACACGCUGGCCGUGUACUUUAAUGCCCCGGCAGAGCGCGAUGGGGAGCCAGAGGGGGGAGUCCGGAAACCCGCCGAGCAUCCGGCCCAGCACCAUGCGGUGGAGGUGCUGCUUUUGCACGCCACCUGCCAUCCCGGGCUCUUGAGAAAUUGGCUGCUGCAGGAGAACAACGAGGCUGGUCAGAGAGUGCUUCGUGUGCUAAUCCAGCUCAUGGUGCACGAGGAGGACCAGGGCGUGCAGAGCCAGAUUUUUGAAGUUCUCCGCGCGGUCAUGGAUCCAGCUUCCUUGGAGCAGCAGGAGCAGGAGAAGCGCCUGGAUGUGUUUUACGACCAGGGCAUCAUGGCCGUCAUUGCGGAGCCGCUGCGACCAGACCAUAAAAGGUCAGGCGGUGUGCAGGUGUGCUUCGCACAGCAGCUGGUGUGCGAGAUCAUCGCUUUCGCCGUGGCAAAGCAUGGCUACCGGGCAAAGGCGCCGCAGAAGUACCUGCAGCUGGCCGCUGUCCGCGUGUUGCGUGCCAUCAUCGGCACAAAGGAUGAGGCGUACAUGCGCUAUGUGACAAAGAAUGGUCUUCUAUCCCAGCUGUUGCGGAGUUUUGAGCAGUGUAUCAUGCCUCCAGCGUUAGGGACGAACCUCAUGGCCAGCGCCACCUUGGAGCUCCUGGAGUUCAUCCGCAGCCAGAAUCUAAAGCCCCUGGUGCAACCGGCAACGAAUUACGGGUUUCCCUGGUUUAGACAGAUCCGGUGA